UGCCUUGCCUUCAAGGCAUUUUCCAUUUCCUAGCCCCCUCUUCCUCCUCUCCAUCCCUCAGUUUUCGCCCCUCCACCCAUCCUUUUCAGCUCUGGCCCUAGGGAAGCAUCCCUUGCCGCGGGGCUGACAGCACUAAGGGGUGUGGGGUCCUUGUUCUCUGUGCUCUAGCUCUGUGCGGAGAGCUUCGUUCCCGGGCGCCUGGUGUCCAGCGGGCAUUGAUGUCAGGCGCUGGCGGAGCGCUGCCUACAGACGGUUGACCUGGACCCUCCUCCACACUCACUUCCUUCGUCGCCCCCUCCCUCUUCCCUGUACUCGGGCUCCGGCUCUCUAUAAAAGGCGGGAGCCUGGGGUGCCACAGCAGCGCUGAAUUUCAGCACCAUGGAGAGCCCCCGCCUCCGGCCGCUGACCGUCUUGGGUGCCGCCCUGCUUUUUCUGCUACCGCUAUUGGGUGCCCGUGCCCAGGAGGACGUGGAGCUCCAGCCCCGAGCCCUGGACGUCUACUCCGCCGUGGAGGAUGCCUCCCACGAGAAGGAGCUGGACUGGAAGGGAAGUGAGCACCUGAGCUGGGCUGGCAGCCAAGGCAGCAACUUCGGCUCUGGCGGGGGCGGUGUGUUACAGAUCGAAGCGCUACAGGAAGUCCUGAAGAAGCUCAAGACUAAAAGUAUUCCGAUCUAUGAGAAGAAGUAUGGCCAAGUCCCCAUGUGCCACGCUGGGGAGCGGUGCGCAGUGCGAAAAGGAGCGAGGAUUGGGAAGCUUUGCGACUGUCCCCGAGGAACCACCUGCAAUUCCUUCCUUUUGAAGUGCUUGUGAGGCUUUCGCCCUCUUCCGUGAAUCCCCACCGCCCCGCCUCCCCCGAGAGGACCACACCUUCAUCCCUGGGGUUUGGCUUUAGCAACAAAGUUUGUGUUUCCCUCUGAGGGUUAAAGGGGCUCUUGUCCUGCUGUUUUCAAAUAAAAGAAUACAUUAGAUGUUUCCGUGUGAAGGAUUCAUGUGCAUAGUGUUCUUAUUCAUCUGACAAACUCUUACCCAUCUUUGUGUAAAGAAGCGGAACUUUGCUUUGAAAACUGUAUUUUUGUAUGUGGUGUGGCAGAGUGAACAUUAGAUUUCGUUACUCUUGGUAGGUGACAUCACAACCUGGAAAAUAACCCCAAAUGACACAAAUUGCAGCAUGUACAAAUUAUACAUAAUAAAGUGUUUUUAAUAAUU